UGUCAAUGUCAAUGGUCAUUUGUCAAAACUGGCGAAAUGAGAUUUUAGUUUUACAUUUUAAUCGGGAAAUUAUAUUUAAACCAUAAUGCAGAUUGCAGUUAUGAAAUAGAACUAUUUCGGUAAAAAAGGUGUCCUAUUAAAAAAAAAUGGCAGGCAGAGGUAGAGGUAAGGUCAGUUCAUCAUCUUUGACUCAUGACCAGCUACAAGCUCUAGGGAUAAACCGCGGGGACAACACGCCGCAAGUCCUUGCACCACCGCCUCUCUUCCCUAAGCUAGAGGCUAAACCUCUACCCUUAAACUGUGACGCUGCCACAGACUACAUGGUAAUAGUGAAAGAUCAAUUUAUAGAAUAUUUACAUGAGUCCCCUGCGUAUGUGAAAGCCAACACGCGUACUGAUGGUAUUGAGCGUUACUCUGAUAAGUACAAACUACUAGCCCUUGACGCGAAAAAAGGCAAGAUACUGAAUUGCAUAUGGGACAACAUGCCGCCUGAAUUAAGGCCCCAUGCGGGCAGAGUGUGUGUCACAGCGAGAAAGCGAAAGUUAAACGACCCAACAGAUAUAGCAAAAAGGUUACAAACUUUGGAAAAGAAAGAGACUCAAGAAAGUGCCGACGUGGACAUGGAAACUACUGAAGCUAAUAUCAAAAAGGAAAAUGAAGAUAAUGAGGAAGAGCUAGAGGAUGAGCAGGAACCAGAGGAAGAAAUUGAUGAUGGAACAGAUUACGCAAAUAACUAUUUUGAUAAUGGUGAAGACUAUGAGGACGAAGAUGACAACCUUGACGAUGGCCCCGUGUAUUAGGUAUAACAAUGUAGAAGUUACUAUGAAUAAUCUGUGAUAUUAAAAUAAAAUUACACUUUUAA